AUGACAACUGCCAUGGAUAUGGUUAAUAAGAUUAAUCCUGAGAAAGAAGCACGGAACCUCAAAGUUAAGGUGAUUAGGCUUUGGACUGUUCCAACUUUCACGGGUCAGCUUCUCCCAAAUUCCAUGGAGAUGAUUUUGGUUGAUGAAUCUGGGUGGAAGAUACAAGCUAUUGUUCAGAAGACUAUGAUUUACAGGUUCAAACAACUUCUCUUCGAGGGUCGAGUAUAUGUAAUGAAGCUCUUCUCUGUUGUGCCAAACCAAGGAUCUUAUAGGGCCACUAGGCAUCAGUUUAAGUUGAUUUUUCAAUUCAGGACCAUUGUUAGGGAUGCUAUCUGCGAUUUUAUUCCAAAAUCUGCUCUUACAAUCUCUCCAUUCACUGAACUUUUGGAAACCAAAGAGGAUUCCAAUUUCUUAGUUGUCUUGUUUCUUUGUGAUUUGUAG